AUGAGGCAUACCUUGAUAUUUCUUUUCCUGAACCUGCUGGCGGUGGUCCAACCAAGGAAAACCCCCGACGAAGAGCACCAGAUGAGCUGUUUCGAUCUUCCGAAAAAAUGGGAUUGGAGGUCACAAAAGGCAGUGUCCCCGGUCAGGGAUCAAGGAAGCUGCUACAGCUGCUGGGCCUUUGCAACCGCAGCAGCCAUCGAAUCUCACUACUUUAUCAAAACUAAAAAGCGUAUCUUACUAUCACCCCAACAUCUGAUAGACUGCACUCUGAAUAAUAAUGGCUGCAAUAAUGGUACGGUGACAAAUGCCAUGAACUACAUAACUGAGAACGAUGGCAUCGCCACGGAGCAAUCGUAUCCCUAUGAGGGCAUCCAAGGCAAAUGCCGCAAUAAGGACGGCAAAAUCGGAGCCACUAUCUCUGGAUUUACGAGAAUACCUGAGGGCGACGAGAUGAGUUUGGCGGAUGCUGUGGCUUUCAAGGGACCUGUCGUCGCUGUUAUUGAUUCCGACCACUAUUCCUUGUCAAAAUACUCGUACAACACUGGAAUUUACUAUGAGCCCAAAUGCAGCCCUAAUUUUAAAGGCAAGGCCCAUUCUAUCCUUGUUGUUGGCUUUGGCACUGAGUCCGGACAGGAUUACUGGUUGGCAAAGAGCUCUUGGGGCGUCGGCUGGGGAAUUGUCGGGUACAUCAAAAUAUCACGUAAUAACGAAAACCAUUGCGGCAUCGCUAGCUAUGCCAAGUACCCAGUGCUUUAA